AUGGAGGAUUUGGUGGCCUGGAUCCAGACACCCGAAGAAGCAAUGGAGGAGGGUAUGGCCUGGAUCAGCCGUUCUGCUGGAGAAGAUAUAGACAAGCUGCCUCUUGAAGGGGACGACGAAGACAACGAGGAUGGCGACAGCAACCCAGAAUCCGAAGCACCAGCACUGAUUCCCGGGUUCAACCUCGACUUCGUAGCACCAGCACCCGUUCCCGACCUUCGAGAGCCCGUCGACAUUUGGGUUGAUACACCUAGUCUAGAAAAACCGCAGCAGCCACCUCAGCUGGCCAUCAACGACCCCCGAUCAGAAGACGGAACAGCGCACACGGACUGGCCCGAAGUAACGUUACUGUCGAUGUCAUACACCCCAGAGCCGUGGGAGGAGACACAAGAUGCGCGUGCUCUGCAGGAGAUCGCGCCGAAUGCUGUCGCACGUCACAACGAGUGA